CUGUGAUAGAGCAGGUUACACAAGUUUAUGAAUUAUAAUUAACUUUAAUUUGAUAUUGGCUUCAUAGUUUUCAAAAUUGUUUGCGACAGUUAUAGCAUUCAUUUGUCUUUGAUAAAGUUUGUGUAAAAACGUUUUAAAAAAUUUUGGAUUACGUUAACUCAACAUGCUGUAGCCUGCAUAAUUUCAUAAUUGUGGAGCGCCUUGUUGCGUAAACAGAUACAGACAGGUAUAUUAAUCUCUAUAGAAUGUAACUAGACAUUGUAAAACUCAUUAUCACAUUAGAAUAGUACUCUUCCUUGAUUUAAUAUAACAUUUUAGAUCUAGUUUCGAAAUCUUUUCUAAAUUAUCUAUCACUAGCUCUUUAGCAUCGAUCGGUUUUUCGGCGCGUGAUAAUUCUUAAUAUCGAUUAAUUCAUGAACGUAAACGUGGUGAAAAUUGAAAAACUAAUAUCCAGUGUCCUAUAAAAUUAACAAUAGACAAUGUGAAAUGAAGUUAAUUAGUGUAGUUAUGGUAAAAUCAAGAAUGAACGACAAUCGUAAUGGUAAACCGCUGGUCGCCCAUUGAUUUGCGUUUCAUUCGUUCUCGGCAUGACAUAAAAGUAUAUUAUCCAACACCGACAUGAGCUUUCUAAGCUCAUUGCAGGAAUACGUCACCAACAGCGUCGCAGGACUCACCCUUAACCCUAAAAGAUUCUCUUUGAAUAAAGCUGACUCGACAUCAUCGACGGAAUCGAGAACUGGGCCAGGGUCUCGUAGUAGCUCAGGAGAUGGAGGUGUCACGCCCGGCUUCCCCAAAGUAUUACCAGCCCCCGGAGCUAGUCCUCUGGUUCAGAAUCGUCGUCGCAGCACUCUAGAAGCACUCACACCUACGCCACCGAUCCGAAGACCGGGAUCAUUUAGACAGCCACGUUCACCGAGAGCCACACCGGAGAAACCUCCAUCCUUUUGCUGCCGGAGGCUAUCGUGGCCAGAUAUAGACCACCAAGUACAAUCCGGGGUGCAAGAGACGGACGGAUCUUACUUUGAAAGUUUCACAGCUUUAGCAUGGCGCCAAGAAAAUCAGCGACAGGCAGCAUUGAGGAUAGCCGAAAGCGCUACCUCAGAAGCACCACCACAAGAUAUCGACCUCGGGAUUGCACCCAUAGAUUAUAGCAUUUCCAACAGUGAACGGGAUAAAUUAUACGUCGACAUGCUGUACACCAUUGCUAAUGCCAGGACGAUAUUGCCUCAAUGUUAUUGUUUCUACUUAGGUUUCAGCGAUCCAUACUGCAUGUUGGGAAUACAACCUGUGGCGGCGCCGUCGUCCCCGCAACCGCCCACACCCAGCCGAUCGCUGACAGACGCUUGUGGGGCGACCGUCGACACUAUCGGAAGCAAUCAGGAGAAACUGCGAAAGCAUCAUAGCUUCAAGCUGAGCUUUAAAAGGAAAGACGGCAGGAUGCGAGAACAACGUGACAGCCUGGGCGGUGCUCUCCCAGCCAAGUUCAUUCGCGCCACUUCCGUUAAAUCUCAUACCCUCAACCCCAAAUGGAACGAAAAAUUUAAGUUUGACAUAGACGACAUAAACAGCGAUUCGCUUCACUUGGACAUUUGGGAUCACGACGAUGAAAGUUCUGUAUUAGAAGCAGUCAGCAAGCUCAAUGAAGUUAGAGGAGUUCGAGGACUUGGGCGAUUUUUCAAACAAGUUUGCCAAUCGGCGAGACAAAGUUCGCAAGACGAUUUCCUAGGAUGUGUCACUAUCCCUUUGUCAGACAUUCCAUCUACAGGACUCGAAGGAUGGUUCAAGUUGGAAGCGAGAUCACAAAGAAGUUCAGUCCAGGGCCGGAUACGUUUGAAAAUGUGGUUAUCGACUAGGGAAAAUCGGGGAAUGUCUGAGGAGGACAACUGGACUGAAGUGAGACAACAUGAAAAUUUGUACGUGAUGUUUAUUGAUUACGAACUGAGUAAUUGGAACGGAGAGACUUGGACGUGGUCAGGUGAUCUUUCGGGUCCUGCUUUGACAAUUCUUCAUCAACAUUCUGUACAAGGCGACCUAACUGAACUUCAGAAGAACUUGGCAAAACUUGUGGCGGCCACGAGGGUGUACUUGAAACAUCCCUUAGACCCUCGAUGGAUGCUACAAGUUCUUCAAGACUUGGAGCACUCGUGGCUUUGUGCUUCUCUAACAAGGGAAGAGGAAAUUUGGCUUGCGGAGUACUUCACAUCCCUGUUAGAAAGGUGGUUACAUCAAAUUCGUCAUCACCGACACUUUUUUCCAGCGCUUCAUCCACCGUCGAUAACCCGCUUGGAAAAUUUGCUUCGCUCUCUGGCGUAUUUAUCAAACAUGAAAUCGUUUUGGAAGUGUUGUCCGUUCAAUAAAGAAAUCCGAGGUGAAAUAGUGGCUGCCUUAAGAAAGGGAACUCCAGAUUGGUUUACAAAUUUAAAAAACUCCACGUUAACUUCGGAUGAAUACGAUGAAUCGUUCGCAGACUUUUGCUCGGUACUUUACGUCAAUCUUCAACACAACCUUUCAUACUACCACCCACUUUUUGAAGGAACCAACGGGGUACCUUAUUUUAGUGUAGUGUUUAAGCAGUUAGAUAAAUUAAUUUCGGACGAAAUUAUGGCAUUUCUUAAUCAAACAGAACACCCAGACUCGGCUUAUAAUCGUCUCAUUUUCGCCGUUUAUCUCGAAGUCAAAGAUUUAGCCAGUUUAAGUCAACAUUUACCAUCAGGGGGUGAUCACAAAUUAUCAUUAGUACGAUGUCACGAAUGGUUUGAACCAACAGUUAGUCACUGGAUCAGCCUUUGCAAGAGUAAAGCACUACAAAGGGUGCGGACUGCAAUCGAAUUGCAAAAACCCUGCGAAGGUGAAAAAUUGGUCAAGCACAAUUCUUCGGCUGUAGACGUGGUCGUUAUGUUUUGUCAAUUGAGAGACUUCUGGAGACUGUUACAAUGGCCCAAGCAACAUUCGGUGCCUUUACUGUCACAGCUGCUAGACGUAAUUUGCUCCGCCGCCCUGUUGUACGCCGACAUGGUGUAUCAGUCUUUGAUGGAGACGGGCUAUUUCGAUCGAACGGGACCAUUUAGAGUCACUGACGACAUGUGCAUCGCCUCUAACAACUUAGAAUACGUUUUCAAGUUUACUUCUUUAUUAGAAAACUAUUUCGAUUUCAUCACGUUAGAAACUGUAGCACCCGAAGCUCAAUGCCUUGUACUCACCAACCAGUUGGACAGUACAUUAAGUCAAUUACAAAUCAAAAUCUUGGACAUAUUAAAACGAGUUGGUCCUCAGAUGCAAGAAGCACUAAGGAAAUUUAUGUUCCAUUUGGCUUGGUCUCCGGACACUCUUCCCGCCAACGAAGCCGUGGAGCCGCUCUUUGACUAUCUUUACAAUCAUCUGUUGCAAUUCAAUCUUGCGCUUCUUCCACAGAACUUCACGCGUGUACUUAUUGAGAUAUGGGAGUGUACUCUCAAACAUUUGAAUGACCAAAUGGACGGUGGUGGCAGUACUGAAGAAAUGCCAGCGAUGUUUCACGACCGUUUACAUUCAGCUUUAGAAUUAAUGAUAGAGUUCUUCCACGCGAAUGGACAAGGGCUGACAAUGGACAUGUUACAUUGCGAAACGUAUUUACACGUGGAACAGAGACUCCAGUACCACAGAACGGAUACCGAAACAUUAAUAGAGAUGUUCUAUUGUCAAAGACUUCAAGACCAAGUGAAUACCACAGCCAGUCCGUUUGGAACUCUAGCUGUAAGAGCUUACUUCAACCACGACUCCUUAUGUGUGGAGGUCCUUCAUGCUAGAGACGUGAUACCAUUGGACCCAAACGGUUUCAGCGAUCCAUUCGUCAUUUUGGAGCUUCUACCACACAAGGUGUUUGCCCAUUGCAAUGAGCAACAGACCAAUGUCCACAAGAGAACUCUGAAUCCAAUAUUCGACGAGUGCUUCGAAUUCAGCGUUACUUUGGAACAAUGCCGAUAUCCAGGGGCAAUGAUUGUCUUCACAGUGAUGGACCAUGACGUUCUUACAGCAAACGAUUUUGCCGGAGAAGCGUUUUUAGGACUUGGAAGCAUACCUGGGGUCGCUGACACUUGCCCAGGGGUGGACAACUUCCAUGGACUGAAGCCAGUGGAAUUGGUGUUGAUGCAACAAUAUCACAAACAUAAUCCAAUAUUACAAAUAUUGGAAUCUCGAACAAUGGACAAAGUUGCUCAGGAUUUCGUAAGAAAACAAAAACUGCGCCAAGCAACAAAGUAAAAGACUUAUUAAAAUGGAAUUUUCUUCACUUGAAAAAUAUCGUUCUUCAUCACUAUCGUCACUCGACCUACCUAGAUGUAAGAUCCUUUUUCUACUUGAUCAAAAUGUUAGGCAAAUCAAUCAGAACACUUUUUUAAUUGCUUACGUCGUUUGUACAUUAUAUAAAAUAAGAAAACAGUUACAAAACAUAUUGAUAUUUUUGUAUUGUUGUGUUCGCAUGUACAUUAAUACCGAAAAAAAAAAAAAAAGAAAAAACAACACGUUUGCUUGCAUUUAACUUUUGAUUCUUUUCGAUACAUGAAGAAUAUGUGAAACUUAAAAUUUUGUGUAUUUGCUGUAAGAAGACAUUCUGAAUUUCACAAGAAGUGUUACUAAAUGUUCUCUUUUUCUAACUAUUACACCUUGGACACGUAUGCAUUUCUCUGGCAUAUAAAAUAACCAUAUUUACUUUUUAUUACAAAUUGAGGAAACGACGAAACUAAUAAUUAAUUUAAUGAAUGGUAGCACCCUCCCCCUUAAAUUAUUUUAGCCACGCACUACUUAAUAAUACUCCGUUCAUAAAAUUACCGUUACUGUAACGAUUAUAAAAAUACAGAAUGGCUUUUAUUCUAUGGAAAUUCGACUGUUCUUAAUAUUCUAUCUUUAUUCACAUUCUUUAUCCUUCAAGAUCCACAAUCUAUACAAGGUAAGAAAUAUGUAAAUGUAUUUUUCAAAUGGUUAAAUUUAAAAGCAGUAAUAUUAUAGAUGUUAAAACUCGGACUGUGGACACGUUAAAUUUUCAGAUUUUUAAAUUAAAAAACUUAUUUUAAUCUGUAUUAACUGCUUUAUAUACCUAUUGGGGUGUUCAAAAGUGGCUAAUAAUUUAAUUUCAUAUAUAUUGUAAAAGAAUAUUAUUGUCUGUAUUCCUACAUGGAGAAAAUGAAAAACGAAAAUUUAUCAAAAUAUUACAGC